AUGGGCGAGGGUGCUCGACUCGUUCGCCGCCAGAUAUGGGCCCGGCCCACGUCGACUCACACCACCUCGACGGUUGAUCCGACGUGCACGCCGUUCUUGCUCCCCAGUAAUGGUGUCCUCAACCUCAACCGCACCUACUCCAUCACCUUGACUGAAAAUGUCGUCUACCAACCUGUGUGCACCGGCGCAGCGACCCCCAGUCCAGGUAACCCGUCCGCCGUCAUCGACUCGAAAGAUCCCUUCUACUCCUCGACCUCUCCGCAACUCUACGCCAUCGGCUGCAUGACCGUGGUCAGCUACGUCCUGGUCAUUAUCCUCCUCAUCACCCCGCGAACCUUUUACAUCGGCGGUCCUGGAGGCGGCGGCACCUUCUUGGGUCGCCAUGGCGGCUCCUACGGUGGAAGCCCGUCCGUGGUCGGCGUGGGUGGCCGGCCAUGGCUGCAGAAAGUGGCGGCCUUGUCGGUCGCCGUGUCGCUGACCAUCGCGACGGUGGACUCGUUCAGGGUUGCCGAGGAGCAGUACAAUUACGGGUAUAUGGAUGCCACGGCGCUGACCAACGACGUCAUCAAUGGUACCGAGAUCCGCGUCGUCCGGGUCAUUUCCAGCACUUUCCUCUGGCUUGCCCAGGUCCAGACGCUCAUACGACUGUUUCCCCGGCAUAAGGAGAAGGUGAUGAUCAAGUGGGCUGGCUUUGCGCUGAUCGUACUCGACACCAUCUUUGCCAUUUUGGACAACUUCGUCGCGCAUGGAUCUAGCACCCGUCCGCGCCUUUUCGACGACGCCAUCCCGGCCCUGUCCUACCUGUUUGAACUGGCUCUUAACCUGCUCUACGCCGCAUGGGUUAUCUUCUACUCCUUGUCCAAGCACCGAUUUGCAUUCUUCCAUCCGAAGAUGCGGAAUAUAUGCCUGGUGGCUCUCCUCUCUCUGGUUGCGGUGUUCAUCCCCGUGGUUUUCUUCAUCAUGGACAUUUCACAACCGGACGUCGCUGGCUGGGGUGAGUAUAUCCGAUGGGUGGGCUCUGCCGCAGCCAGUGUCGUUGUCUGGGAAUGGGUGGAAAGAAUCGAGGCAUUGGAACGAGACGAGAGGAAGGACGGUAUCCUGGGUCGCGAAAUUUUUGACGGCGAUGAGAUGCUCGAAGUUACCCCCUCCGAAGAGAUCGACUGGCCUCGUCAACCGGGAGGGGGAGAUCAUGGCAAUGAAAGCGGACAGGGAACGGCUACCUCGACUGCCUGGGGAGGAGUUAGGGGCCUGAGCCAUCGGCCCUUGCGACGGACCCGUGUUGGCUUCCAACGCAGCAAUCGUGCUCGACGAGAUGGUCCAGGUUCGAUGAACUAUGACAAUGUCGGCUCGACCGAACCUCAUCGGACGGGACCCGUCCAACCGACGCCGCCGCCCGCAGCUGUCACGCCCGUCAGUCGAGCUGACACGACGAGUGCAGCCAGCACGGUGUACUAUGUCCGCUAUCAUCCGGUCACCAGUCCAACGCCUCCGGCGCAGCCAGCCGCGGCGCCCCAGGAAGAUUACUACCAGCCCAAGGAAGUUGCUACAACGGCCGAGGACCGGCCUUCGAGCAAUUCCAGCCACAGUCUCGAGAUGGGCCGAAGUGAAGGUCCUUGGUCGACUAUGCCCCGGGUCCAGGAUGCUCGGUGGUUCUCGAUUGCCAACCUAUUCAGGAGACGACGCACUUCUCCACCACAGGAGGUUGCUACCGCCCAGGAGCAAGAACAGUCCGAGGCAGCAGAGACAGACGGCCUCGAGGAGAAAUAUACUGGGUCUUGGAACCUCCGAUCCCGGAUGAACCAUAUACUGUCUUUUCACCGCUCGAAGGGCGCGCAGGAGUCAGAUGGUCGCGGAGCCGCCAGGCCGUUACCCGUCACGGUCAUCCCGCCACGAGGACGGUCUCAGCAGACGUGGUCACCUCAGCAUUCUGAUGAUUCCCACUUUUACCCGCUCUUGUUGGGGCUGGGCCAGAUUUGGUCCUACCGGUGGAAGAGUCAGAGGGGGCCACGCGGAAUGCUUCUGUCCGAGGCACUUCGUCUGGUAACGAAACCCUCGUGGUGUCUGACGAUGAGCAAGCUCAUCUGGCUGGUAGCCGUGACAAUGUUGUGGGAGCAGCUGAUCAGCCUUCGCACACCACAGGCCCUGAGAUCCAACAGACGUCGACGAACGGUCAACCCGGAUCGGACGUUGGCGAUCGAGGAUCGAUGA